AUGGAAAAUAAAUCAAUCAGCCUAAGAACAAAGAAGGAAAGUCAAUCAAUCAGCAUUGUUAAAGAUUCUCAAAUACACAAGAAUGUGAAGAGAGCUAAUCACGGCCGGAGAUCAAAUCCAGAAGAUUCUGCAGAAGCUAAAGUCAAGGAGGAACGAAGGAAAAGGGGAAAUCUUCCAAUUCCACCAAAGAAAGAUGGCAAUGGUCAAGUCAUAGUAUCAUCUGUUCCUCUUGAUUUAGAUGAGUAUACUGAAGAACAAUCAGCUGUUAUAACAGUGAAUGCUAAGGCAAAAAAUUUGUUGUACAAUGCUAUUAGUGGAGAAGAAUAUGAAAAGAUAUCAAGCUACGAAACUGCAAAGAAGAUGUGGGACGGGCAGAUUCAACAAGAAAAAAAGAAGACAGUUGCAUUCAAAGCAACUGUAGCAGAACCAGAAAAUGAGGAAGAAGAGGAAGGAGAAGAACAAAAUGAAAACAUAGCUGUUCUCUCCAAAGUUAUGACAAGCAUGAUGAGGAAAAACAGAAAUAGCAAGAGAGGUAAAUCAAACUUUAGAAAAGGAAGGAUGAACAAUGAUAAUGAUAAAAAUGAUGGAAAAUGCUAUGAAUGUGGAAAACAUGGACACAUUCAAGCCGAAUGCCUUGAACUGAAAAAGAAACUAAGAAAAAAUGUUCAAAAGAAGAAGUCUUUUGGAGCUUAG